AAAGUCUUCACACAUCAUCCCCAAGCGUCUUCGUUCAUUUUCCCCACAACAGAAAUGACGGACGCCACCGCAGUUCCGCCAGUGGAGGCCCCUGCGAUCACGGGAGCCAAGCAGAUUGUGCGCAUCAAUGACGAUGGCACCAAGUUUGAGCUGGACGAGGCAGCCAUCGAUGAGAUCCUCCACAAGAUCGACCCGGACAUGAAAGUGGCCAUCAUUUCCGUGGUGGGUGCAUUCCGCACGGGUAAAUCGUUUGUCUUGGACUUGUUUUUGCGCUACCUCAAGUACACGUCGUCGCACCCGGCGCCGGACGUGACUUCGCGCGAGUGGGCGCUCGCCUGCGGGCCGCAACUAGAAGGCAAUUCGAACUUUGAGGCCACGAAUGGGGAGACUGGUUUCUCAUGGCGCGCCGGUCGGAAGCGUAACACGACUGGCAUUUGGAUGUGGAGCGACCCAUUCAUCCGUCAGAGCGCCACGGGCGAAGACAUUGCAGUCUUCUUGAUCGACACGCAGGGCAUGUUCGACUCGGAGACGUCGCAGAUGCUCACGGCGAGCAUCUUUGGACUGAGCACGUUGUUCAGCUCAUAUCAAAUAUACAAUGUCGACAAGCGCGUCCAAGAAGACAACCUCCAGCACUUGGCGCUGUUUACUGAAUACGGCCGCAUGGCGUUGCAAGGUUCGAUCGACGAAAGCGAGAACAAGCAGAUGAAGCAAGCGUCGAUGCGGAGCAUUGAGUCGUUUGCCCGUGUGAUCUCGGACAAGCACCUCCAAGACUUGAGCGAGCUGGACGCGACCGACGUUGAAGACGACGACGGAACGGCCGACACCACUGACGAUACCAACCACGUCGACGACGUUCCCGUGAUUCGGCCGUUCCAACACUUGGACUUUCUCGUGCGCGACUGGCAAGACUUUAAGCGGUCGGCCACCCUCGCCGACAAGCAUGCCGACAUGAAGGCGUAUGCGUCGGAGGUGCUGAGUACCCGCAAGCAGCAGGACCUGGCGGACACGCGCGAGCAGAUCCACUCUUGCUUUGCGUCGAUUCGAUGCGUACUGCUGUCGCAUCCGGGGCACGCUGUGACGGACCUCGAGUACGACGGCAGCAUUGACGAGAUUGACGGGCGGUUCCUGGAGCUGCUGACGUCGUACUUGAACACGUUGUUUGGGCCCGAGUCGCUCGAGCCCAAGACUAUCCAUGGGGUCGCGGUCACGUCGCGCGAACUGCUUGUGUUUAUCAAAUCGUACGCGGCGCUGUUCAAAGAAGCGACCAUCUUCCCGGAAGCCAAGACGUUGCUGGAAGCGACGGCGGAAGCCAACAAUGCCAACAUGAAAGACCGCGCUUUGGCCAAGUACAAGGCGGAGAUGCAAAAGAAGGUGGGGCCCCGAUGCAGCUACGUCCAACCGCAUCACUUGACGGAACACCACCGGCUGUGCCUCUUGGGCAGCAUGACGGUCUUUGACAUGGGCGCGAAAAUGGGACGCCACUCGGCCAUCCUCAAGGUGCGCCAGCAGCUGGCCGACGAGAUUGUCGCCGAGCACGCGCGCUACGUUGAAGUGAAUGCUGAACGAGACCCGUACAAGAACAUUGAGUUUUACUUGGUGCCGGCGACGGUGGCGUUGGUCCUGUUUGUAGUGCGCGUAGUGCAAGAUCUGUUGUGUUUUGAAGACUUUGGCUACGAUAUUCCCGUCUACGAUUGCAAGCACGUGAGUGUCACGUUGUCGCAUUUGUACUGGGCGAUCAUCACGUUUAUGUGCAUUGUCACACUGGCCACGGGCACUUUGAUGGCGGAUCGGCUCAAGGCGGUCGUGACGGUGGCCAAGGCGGCGUUUCUGGACCAAUCGGCCAAGCCCAAAACCGACUAACAAGGCGAAUCGAAUGUUGAUGUAGAUUUUGCACAGAUUGUCGUUGAUAUUCCCCCAAUACAAAGUAGUCGUGCAUGGAUAUAUAGUAUAUCCAUGGAUACUGGUAGUAUUUCGGA